AUGACCUCGAACAGAAAGAGGCGGUUCAGUGAAUUUGACGAUUCCCAUCCUCUUGGGCACGAUUCAAGAGAAAAGAGGCGAAGAAGGGAGGAAGCUUUUUUCUCACGUGAUCAUAGAACUCGUCGUGACAGCUACAGGUUUGGUGGUCGCGGUACACGCGAUCAGGGCACUGGCAGUGAAAGAAGACGUCGUCGAGGUGCAUGCGAGCAACGUGGUCGUUUAACAUAUGAUCGUCGGGAACAUGGUCGGGAAGAGGUUUCAAGAAAAAGAGUUGGAACGCGUCGUGACGAGGAAAGCGAUAAGCUUAGCGAGGUCGAGCCGAUAAAGUACAAAGCUUUGGAAGAGAUUUGCACAUCUAAGCCUCUUGAAAAUGGGAUUGUCGAUCUCUGGAACAAACGUGAAAGAUUUCAAGCACUACUGGCUUCAAAGGAAGAAAUAAGACUUGGUUUGAUGCAACUCAUUAUCCAAGCCAUACACCUGUGUUGCUCCACAAAGGGAGUGCAACAGUUCUCGGAAGACUUGUUGCGUGUCGUGGUUAAGGAAAACUUUCUCCAGCUACAUCUGAAUAGUUUUAUAAGCCGCAUGCUCUUGUUUUCGUCAACAGAAUUUCAGCCAUUUCAUGUCAUCUCACGACUGGCCGAUGUUUUUCUGGAAAUGAUAAAGAGAUUCGGACUUGACAUUGUUCAUUCUAUACCCAGCGCUCAACUCAAAGAAACUUUUGUGGAGCUCAAUAAAAGGAACCGUAUGAACGAAGCAGGCGCUUUAGAACGUAAAAUUCACCAGGUAGAGGCCUUAAAGAGAGAGAUAAUUGGCCAACAAUUUGUCCAAUUUGACCAUGACCAACCUGAACGUGAGCCCCAGAGCAACUUUCGAGAUAUCAGCGUUGUUCCACAAGCUGAAGAUCUGAGCGUGAGUAGUAAGCCGUUUCUUCGCGUCAACGUAGUUAACAGGAGUUACAAGGAUCUUGAGCAUUACCUUGAUGUACAUUUUCGACUUUUGCGAGAGGACUGUGUUUCACCGUUACGUGAUGGGAUAAGGAGUCUUCGAAAAGACUAUGGUAGUGUUAAAGCGAGUAAUAGUAGCGGAAAUAAGACAGCAAAAGAAGUCCACGUUUACCGUGAAGUCGAAGUACUGUACCCAGAAUGCAGUAGGAAGGGAAUGGUUUACAGAAUUCGAUUUGACUCGCUGCACCACUCCUUAAGAUACGUCAACUGGGAGAAGAGCAAACGUUUCAAGUUUGGCUCCCUUCUUUGUCUUUCAGAAGAUGACUUCUACACUCUCCAUUUCGCAACCGUUGAGAGUCGAGAUGAUAUUUGCCGCGGCGAGCUUGACGUGCGAUUUGAGGGCGUUGAGCUUGAAGAUUUAAACGGGUUUAUUGAGACAAAGGUGAAGUUUGAUAUGGUGGAAUCUCCAACUUUCUUUGAAGCUUACCGACACGUGUUAGAAGCUUUGAAGAAGAUUGAGCCAGAUGAAAUGCCUUUUCAAGAGCACAUAGUGAAGUGCAGUCCUAAAGUGCGACGACCUGUUUAUGAACAAAUAACGGAUGGUUACUAUGACAUGAGAAGCAUUUUACGUUCUGAUUGGGCUCCAUCUGAGAAUAAUAUUUGGGCUUGCGCAGACGAUGACAGUGUGGCCUCCAAUGACCCAAGCGAAGAUUUUGAUGACUACAGCAUGCAGUCCAAUGAUGAAAGUAUGGCUUCGAACUACGAACUCAGCAUUUACGACUUGCUUUACCACCGUGAAAGCCUCGAAUUAAAUUCUUCACAGCUGCGUGCAUUUCAGAUGGCUCUAACGAGAAGAUUUGCCGUCAUUCAAGGACCGCCAGGAACUGGAAAGACAUAUGUUGGAUUGAAGAUAGCUCAAGUUCUUUUACAGACCACCGCGCUCUGGGAGAAUGAGGAAGAACGGGCACCAAUCUUGAUGGUGUCUUACACGAAUCACGCCUUGGACCAGUUCUUGGAAGGGCUCUUACCAAUGACAGGUAAAAAAAAACUUUACGUGUAGAAAUUUUCAAAAAUAAUGCGACUUUUUAAAUUUUAACAAACAUUUUUCGACCCCUCACGGUACAUCCGUCAUCGUCAGUGUGACGGAUAUGAAAUAGAUAUUUAACGCGCCUGUAACAAUUUAUACAUUACUUUGCGUUGGAAAACAAAACGCUACAUAAUUUUAUAGUUAACAAGCACGUUUUUUCACUGUAAACUUUCAUAACUGUCAUACUCACGAUGAUGAAUGUACCGUGGAAACAUGUUUGUUAAAAUAUAAAAAAAUUCGCAUUAUUUUUGAAAAUGUUUUCAGUUUUACUGCUGUCUCGACCAUUUUACGUGAGCUAUUAACGUUGUAUCACAUGUGACGAAUUUCUUUUUCGUUAGCUCAGUAACCACACAACAGUUCAAUAGCCUCAUCAGUAGUUCAAUGACCACACAUUAGUUCAUUGAGCGUAAACUACGUGUGGCUGGCGGAAAAAUAGCUACAAAUACGUUAGUUAUUUUUUAAUAUGAAUGUGAAGCAUUGAGUAAGUGGUAAAUACUCAAUUAGCAACAGUACAAGAAUUAAAUUGAGAAAAAGCUAUGGCACACUGUUAUUAAGUUCUAGUGAGCUCACUAAUCCAAACAGGAACAUAGACUGAUGUUAAUUUAAAAGUUAUAGUCUGCUCAGAAGGUCUUCCAUUCUCAUUAGGGCACACUGAACAGACCUGGAAAGAGAGUCAGCGCUGAAAAGGGAAAGCUAAGUCGGUGCGGACGAAACUUCACACUAAAUAACCCGACAAAGCGCGCGUUGAUAAAGCAGAAAACAUAACAGUUAACGGUGGAUGAAACCUUGUGUUUUGACUCUCUUUCCGCACGUUUCAAACCGUUGUACCACAGCUGGUCCUACGCAUUUGUGGCUAUUUUUUCCGCAGCUACAUGUAGUUUACGCUCAAUGAACUAAUGUGUGGUCAUUGAACUACUGGUGUGGUUAUUGAACUGUUGUGUGGUACUUGGCUAUACUUGGGCUAUUCUGGUAUACGGCAACCAUGUCUUUCCCCUAAACUGCCCGCUGUGCGCCAGAUCUGUCAGCUUAGUUUCCUGUAGAAGGUCAUUGCACUCGUGCGACAGGCGUCCUAUUGGAUGGUUGUAAAAACAGAGAGGGAUGUCUUUUGGGCGGGGUAUCAUGGUUGUAAAACCUCGUCAUAUUUCAUUAUCAUCCUUACCUUUUUGUCCCUUUUGUAUUUAUUUACUUUUUUUGGCUUAGCCCAUAAUGAAAAUGUUGAACUAAAGAAGUGCUGUACAUUUUUUUAGAUACAAAAUGGUUUGCGUAUUUUGUCUAUAUCUUCUUUGGAGUAAGGCCUGGUUCAGAUGCCGCUCCACUCAUGUGCCGAACCUAACUGAUGAAUUAAGUACGGCAAAAGAGCGGCGUCUGAAUCAAUUUGGUACGGCAGUCUUAGUUUGGUGCGGCAAAAGCGUUAAGUUCGACAGAGUCUGUCGAACUUUGUCGAACUUAGCUUAGGUUCGACACACCUUGUGUGUUAUUAACACAUUUUGGGACGGGCCAGGGCAAUCAAUCCAUCACUGUAUUGAUGAAAAAUACUCAUAACUGUCAAAAGACGUAUUUUCCGUAGCCCGCUAUAAUGCCAAAUCUGGCAGUUGGUUCGCUUUAGAUUGAUCAUCUGGCCUAGAGUCGAUAAUGAAAUUAACUUCUUUUACACUGUACGUUGGUCAAAGUCAAAGCUCUUUGGUGUUAUUUAACAGGUAUUGUUCGUGUUGGUGGACGAUCAAAGAGCAAGAAACUGGAGCCCUAUUUCCUAAAAUGUCUUCGUGAAGAAGCUCGUGAAAGCAAAGAAACCCCCGCAAGAAUACUCAGAGCGAGAAGAAAAACCAACAGGAAAAUGAGAGAGAUCAACGAGAAUGGAGGCCUAGAGCUAUCCACGACCGUCCUAAAAUUUUCACGAAGAGGAGUUUUAUCGUACAUUGUGUUGAAGCAAUUUAUGUCAGAGCGUCAUGUUAAAUGGUUUGAAAGUGACAAGAGAAAGAGUGCUGUUGAUGUGUUCUGCGAGUGGCUUGGAGUGGAGAGACGUGUUUCACGACAAGAAGUCGAGGACAGUCGUGAUGACGGGUUUGAUAAUGAAGAUUUUCAAAUGCAAGUAUCACUUCGUUACUACACAGACGAAUGUGACGUUGAAGACGAAGAGAGCACGAGUAUAAACCCAUCAGAAGUGGUUAUUUGUGAAGUAGAAGAUGCUGAAACGCCCAGAGAGCUACGCAGAAAACUUGAAGAUGAGGAAACGUUGUCUGAAGAAGAAGAAAUACAGGUGUCUUUCUUGCAACUUUUAAAUGAUCAGCAGCGCUGGAAACUUUAUAGGCUGUGGCGUAAGAAAGCUUUGAAACAUCACCUGCAACAAAUACAGAGCAAGCAACCAGAAUACGAGAAAGCAUGGCGUCGAUUGAAUGAGUUGAUUCGGGAAGAAGAUUACCAUGUUCUUCAAAAAUCACGCGUAAUUGGCAUGACAACCUCGUGCGCUGCUAGAUACCGUCACAUUCUUCAACGCAUUCACGUUUCCCCUAAAAUCGUUCUGGUUGAAGAAGCUGCCGAAGUACUGGAGGCUCACAUUAUCCCGUCUCUGACGAAAGGUUGCCAGCAUUUGAUUUUAAUAGGAGAUCAUCAGCAACUUAGGCCAAAUCCCUCUGUCUAUGAAUUGGCCAAGAAAUAUAAGUUGGACGUGUCAAUGUUCGAGAGAAUGAUAACCGUUGGAAUUCCAUGCGAAAGGCUUUCCUUGCAGCAUCGAAUGAGGCCCGAAAUUGCUGCCUUGAUGAAGCACAUCUACCCAGAUCUUGAGAAUCACGAGUCUGUAGAAGAAUAUGAAGACAUAAAAGGAAUGAAGAAGAACAUGUUCUUCAUUAGCCACAGUUUUCUAGAGAAGUCCAGUACAGAGUCACUCAGUCACACUAAUGAGCACGAGGCAAGAUUUCUAGUUUCUCUGUGCCGGUAUCUAUUGCAGCAAGGCUACAAAGCCGAGCAAAUAACAAUUCUUACCACUUAUUCGGGACAAAUGUUUGCUAUAAGGGAUUGCCUCAGAAAUGAAAACGAUCAAGUGAUCAAAACGGUACGGCUGACAACUGUUGACAACUUUCAAGGUGAAGAAAACGACAUCAUCCUCCUUUCCCUUGUGCGCAGUAACAAGAAAGAGAAAGUUGGUUUCAUCAAAAUUGUCAACCGCGCAUGCGUGGCCCUUUCCCGUGCCAAGAUGGGGUUUUACUGCAUUGGAAACUUUGAACUUCUCUCCAAAUACAGUGAGUUCUGGAGUAAGAUUGUGGCAGAUCUGAAAGCGGCCGGUAGCAUUGGAAACGCCUUGCCUCUUGCAUGUCAAAUUCAUAGCAGUGAGGUUUUUGUGAAGACGGCCAAAGAUUUCAAGAAUAAAGUUCCUAACGGAGGUUGUUUGCGUCCGUGUAAAGUGCGUUUACAAUGCGGCCAUGCGUGCAGAAGGUCCUGUCAUCCUUAUGAUAUCGACCAUGUGCAAUACCGCUGUGGAGAGCCUUGUCGCAAAAACGUCAGUGGUUGUGCUCACUUGUGUCCUAAGCUCUGUUGCGAAGAAUGUGAGAAAUAUUGUAAAGUUCCAGUGCAGAGGAGUCUGCCAUUAUGUGGACACAUUCAAACGAUGGAUUGCGGUAAGGACCCAAUGCGGGUUGAAUGCAAAACGCCUUGUGAGAAAAGACUUCCAUGCAAUCAUGAAUGUAAAGAAAGUUGUGGCAAACCCUGCACGAAACAGUGCAAGGAGUUGGUAAGGAGAGAUGAUUGGCCAUGUGGACAUAAGGUUAAUGUUGCAUGUUCCACCACGCCCACUGAUUGCCCAGUCCCUUGUAGAGCUAUUUUGAGCUGUAAUCACCCAUGUUUAGGAGAGUGUGGCGAAUGUAGAAUGGGUCGUGUACACACCCGAUGCAAAUUAAGAUGCGGUCGCGUGUUGGUUUGCUCCCACGUAUGCAGAGAGGCCUGCGUCAUGCCAUGCCCACCAUGUACAAGAAAAUGUGAAAACUGUUGCAUACACAGCGAAUGCAAGAAACAAUGUGGCGAACCUUGUAAUCUCUGUUUAGAGAAUUGUGCGUGGGAGUGUGAUCACUACAAGUGUUCUAAGCUGUGUGGUGAGUUAUGCGACCGGCCUAGGUGCAACCAGCCGUGCCAGAAGGUCUUACAGUGUGGAGGUCGCCGUCGUCAGCACGUUUGCUGUGGUUUGUGCAAUGAGCCGUGUAUAUGUAGAGUUUGCGACGUAAAUGAUGGUCAGCAAAUUACCGAGAUUUUCUUUGGCACAGAAAACGAGGAAGGCACUCGGUUCAUUAAAUUGCCUGACUGCCAACAUAUUUUUCCGGUUGCUGAGCUAGACAGGUAAAUGAAAGUAUGUGUAAUGUUUUUGAACAUCAUUUUGUUGAAGCCUCCAUCUUACCUCCAGUCAGUGAUAAUUACCUCUAAAAAGUUGGGAGGGCCUACGUGCCACUUUGUUUUACCAUCUAUAGACCAGAUAGUUUGAGAGGUCGAGGUGUUCGUGACACCUCCUAGUUGGCUUGAAACUUUUUCAAUGAUUUUGAUAGUUAGUUUGGAAAGUCUUGUUCCCCGAACUUAAGAAAUUUUCCUUUAUUUCUCUUCUCUUUUCUUUUCAUAGGUACAUGGACUCUCCCGAUGAUGAUGGUGGUGGUGCAAAUGAUCACCUGAUCAAAAUGAAGACGUGUCCUCGUUGUAGUACUCCAAUCCGCAAAAGCUUGCGAUAUGGCAAUGUGAUCAAACAGCGACUGGAAGACAUCGCAAAAGUGAAGAUUGCGGCCCAUGGAAAUCCACAAGAAAUAAGCGGAACCCAAGGAAGACUACUGGCACGUUUAACCGAACUACGGCGAUUUGGUGUCAAAGAUGACCUUGCCAAGGAUCUUGAGAGGUUAGAGCGCAGUGUUAACAGACUGGCGAAAGGAACAAUGGCAGCUGUAACUGAAAACCAAGUGACUUUGAUGGAGCGGUAUUGUGCGAUGAGCGAGAGGAUAAAUCAACACCUCUGCGACUUACAGAAAGUGGCUGUAAAGUGGCACAACAAGCAACACCUUCAUCUGGAAGGUGGGUUUUAUUUCUUCAGUAGUUAUGUCAAUAUACCCUCAGACUCGUAUCACUGCUGAUAAAAAAACAGUCGGGUGAUACACGUAAUGUCCUUGGCAUACCGUCUAAAGUAAACAGUGUAUGUACCAUUAAAUGGCAGGUUGUUUAGACGUUAGAAGUUUUAAGUCUACAUCUUGCUGACGUUUUACUCAUUGAAAAAUAUCGCAAUGAUUGGUGUAAGUCCUCGGCACAUUAUAUUUCUGAUGAAAAGUUUUGAUGAUGUUUCUAUGAAGAUAAGAUAGUACACCACCGCCACAACAAGGCUCUCGUGCAGAACCCACAAGCCGGCUAAAUGGCUUACACGUAUGCCCUGUUCUAUCUUUUUCUCUUAUUCCUAAUUUACUGCUUUUUUACCAAACGCUUUAGAGAAUGCCUUCUUAACUCCAUUUAUUUUGGAAUAUUUAUCUCUAGCUUCCGCCUGUAAAAAGGAGUUGGAUUUCUUAAGAAAACGCUUUACAGCUGCAGGCGUUACGGAGAGAGAACUUCGAGAGAUCAACGUAGAACUCACGAGACAAAAGCUGCAAUUUGAACUGCUCUUAUUACAGUACGAUGUCAGGAAGUUUGGUCUUAAUCUCAAAAUUUGUUACAACGGCGAUAUGGAAACUGUCAGAAGUGAACUGUCUAGUGGACGAUUAAUACCUGAUCGGAGACUUGACCAACUGCUUGCAAUGUUGAGUGCUAUCAGGUAUUUUUAC